AUGCCGACGCCUGGACUGCUCCAGGCACUCAUGCAGCCCAAGCCCACCCUGGACCUCCCAGUCUUCGAUGAAUGGUACCAGAACGAGCACGGUCCGACGCGUGUUCGCCUCUCAGACAUUUUUGGCAACGGUGUUCGCUGCCGCGCGCUCGAUGAACGCGAGCCCACGUUCGCCGCUUUCUACGACGUCAAAGACAUUCACGACCUAGAGACGGAACGGUACCUUACCCUGAGAGCCAACAGAUCCAAGCGCGAGGCGAGUGUCGUUGCGCAAAUCGAUAUCACGAGGGGCUUUUGGGACUUGAUCCACGAGAGAAGCGCAGACGGGUUCAAGGCACCAGAGGACACGACUGACCAGGACGCUCUUGGUCGUGUGUUACUUGCUGUCGAUCUCACACCCAACGAGGAUCCCCAGGCAAAGGAGGAGCUUCAGAAGUGGUACGGAGAGGAGAACGUCGACAUGUUGUCCAAAGUUCCCGGGUGGCUCCGCUCGCGCAUGUACAAGACGUCCGUCGUCGAAGACGGCAAGGCCACCUUUAGGUUUCUUGGUCUGCAUGAAUUCGCCAAGAACAAUGGCAUUCGCGGCCCAGAGACCCAAACGGCGCUCGCAACACCCAGAGCAGGUGAAGUGAUGAUCAAGUACACCGCGGCAAGCGACAGGCGAAUGUACGAGCUGUUCUACGUGUUUGGCUCCGGUGCACGGGACCUGGAGAAUUUGUCCAAGCUGCCAUCCGAUGCGGCUUUUUUCUCGACAGAUGAGCGCACGAGGACUCUGACCGGCACUGACCCCGUGAUCGAGUCGUACGUACCCAUGGCAGAUGGUCUAGACAUUCCGUACUGUCUGGAAGGAAACAAAGCCACAGAUGCACCGACCGUUGCGUUUUGCAACUCCCUCCUCACAGACCUGCACAUGUGGGAUCCCCUAAUUGAACUACUCAAGAAAGAGAGGCCCGACCUGCGAAUCCUACGCUAUGAUGUGCGUGGGCGACAUGCCAUCCCGCAGCCACCCAAGGCAGCCACCCUCGACACCGUCACAGCUGAUCUCCAGGCCCUGCUCGACGGGCUGCGGAUCGCCAAGCUAGAAGCUCUGGUAGGCGUUUCCAUGGGCGGCGCGACAACCCUAAACUUUGCCAUGCAACACCCCGAUCGUCUGAAGAAGUUUGUCGCGUGCGACUUUAACGUCACGUCCAGCACAGCAAACACCCAAGCGUGGAAAGACAGGAUCGCCAUGGCGGAGGUGGACAACAAUCAGGGCAUUAAGAAGCUCGCUGAGCAGACUGUCGCGCGCUGGUUCCAUCCGGACACCAAGCCGGCGACCAAGGACUGGAUGGUGGAAAUGGUGUCUAGGAAUGACGUGCAGGGUUUUGCGCAUAGUUGCACCGCGCUCUGGGAUUAUGAUUUGAAGCCGAAGAUGGAUGGGUGCACCGUCCCUGGAUUAUUCGUCGUGGGGGAGGUGGAUGGCAAAGGGGGGCUGGUCAAGGCCAUGGAUGGAUUUAAAGGAGAACUGGGAGGUCACGGGGCCGAGUUGAAGGUCGUGGAGGGGGCUGGCCACCUGCCCAUGUGUGAGCAGCCGCAAGGAUUCUGGAACACUAUUCGAGAAUUUUUGUAG